AUGCGAUGCUCACUAUUUAUUUGUGACGCUAAUUAUAACGUCAUCAAUUUCCAAUCACACUCUUGUCCCCCGCCGCUUCUCUCCCUACCCAUCGUCACCGCCGCGGCCAAAACCCCACUGGAAGCUAGAUUUAGAGAGGGAAAGUACGCUGGUACACUCUCCGAGCUCAGACGUGGUUCUGCCGGUAGCGGUUUCAGGACUGGGGCGAUGCCUUCUGGCGGUGAGAGUGAUGCGCUGCGCAGUUUCAAGCUGAACGAGUCGACGUUCCUGGCCUCGCUCAUGCCGAAGAAGGAAAUCGCCGCCGACCGAUUCGUGGAGGCGCACCCGGAGUACGACGGUCGCGGCGUGGUUAUUGCCAUUUUCGAUUCUGGUGUGGACCCGGCGGCUGCUGGACUGGAAUUGACUUCGGAUGGAAAGCCGAAGAUUUUAGAUGUUAUUGAUUGUACUGGGAGUGGAGAUAUUGAUACGUCAACUAUCGUGAAGGCAGAUGAGAAUGGGUGCAUUCGUGGGACCUCUGGGAAUUCUUUGGUUGUAAAUUCAUCAUGGAAAAAUCCUUCAGGAGAGUGGCAUGUUGGCUAUAAAUUGGUCUAUGAGCUUUUCACGGAUACAUUGACAGAUCGGUUGAAGAAAGAGAGGAAGAAGAAAUGGGAUGAGAAAAAUCAGGAAGCAAUUGCUGAGGCGGUAAAGCAGCUCGAUGAUUUUGACAAGAAACAUGCAAAAGUUGAUGACACAAACUUGAAAAAGAAACGGGAAGAUCUUCAGAAUAGAGUUGAUCUUCUUCGCAAGCAGGCUGACAGCUAUGAUGACAAAGGACCUGUUAUAGAUGCUGUUGUGUGGCAUGAUGGAAACGUAUGGAGGGCUGCACUUGACACACAGAGUCUCGAGGAUGAUUCAGGAUGUGGGAAGCUUUCUGACUUUGUUCCUCUAACUAACUAUAGGAUUGAGAGGAAGUAUGGCAUCUUCAGCAAAUUCGAUGCAUGUACAUGUGUCCUUAAUGUGUACAAUAAAGGCAAUGUUUUGAGUAUUGUUACAGACAGUUCUCCUCAUGGUACCCACGUUGCUUGUAUCACUUCUGCGUACCAUCCAAAGGAGCCUUUGUUAAAUGGAGUUGCCCCUGGAGCUCAGUUAAUAUCAUGCAAAAUUGGAGAUUCACGAUUAGGUUCGAUGGAAACAGGGACAGGCUUGGUUCGAGCACUGAUUGCGGCAGUGGAGCACAAAUGUGAUCUUAUAAACAUGAGUUAUGGGGAAGCCACUUUGCUUCCGGAUUAUGGUCGCUUUGUUGACUUAGUAAACGAGGUAGUCCACAAACAUAAAUUGAUAUUCAUUAGUAGCGCUGGCAAUAAUGGGCCAGCGUUGAGUACUGUGGGUGCACCUGGUGGUACAACAUCUAGUAUAAUAGGAGUUGGGGCAUAUGUUUCUCCUGCAAUGGCUGCGGGAGCCCACAACUUGGUUGAAGCUCUUCCUGAAGGUCUUGAAUAUACCUGGUCUAGUCGAGGACCCACCGCUGAUGGAGACCUUGGAGUUUGUAUUAGUGCUGCAGGUGGUGCCAUGGCACCUGUUCCUACUUGGACACUUCAACAUCGCAUGUUUAUGAAUGGAACAUCAAUGUCAUCUCCAUGUGCUUGUGGAGGAGUUGCUCUGCUGCUUAGUGCCAUGAAGGCUGAAGGGGUUCCUAUAAGUCCUUAUAGUGUAAGGGAGGCUCUUGAGAAUACAUCGGUUCCUGUGGGUGAUUCUCCUGAAGAUAAAUUAUCGGCCGGUCAAGGACUGAUGCAAGUUGACAAGGCAUAUGAUUAUAUUCAGAAGUCAUGUGAUGUGACAUCUGUUUGGUAUCAGAUAAAGAUCAAUCAAUCUGGAAAGUCAUCUCCUACCUCACGUGGGAUCUACCUCAGGGAAGCUGAUUUAUGUAAAAAAUCCACUGAGUGGACGGUGAAAGUGGAGCCGAAGUUCCAUGAGGAUGCGAGCAACUUGGACCAACUUGUGCCUUUUGAGGAGUGUGUCAAAUUAUAUUCCACAGGAGAGCCAGUGGUGAGAGCUCCUGAGUAUCUCCUCCUAACUUACAACGGUCGUGAGUUCAACAUAAUCGUGGAUCCAACCACUCUCAACGAUGGUCUACACUAUUUUGAGGUCUAUGCAUUAGAUUGUAAAGCUCCCUGGCGUGGUCCACUCUUCAGAAUUCCUGUCACUAUCACAAAACCUCAUUCCGUGAAAAAUCGACCACCUGUAAUUCAAUUCCAAGGGAUGUCAUUUGUACCAGGACACAUUGAGCGCAAAUUUGUUGAAGUACCGAUUGGUGCUAGCUGGGUUGAGGUGACCAUGAAGACAUCUGGUUUCAGUACAGCUCGAAGAUUUUUCAUAGAUGCCGUUCAGAUCUCUCCUCUGCAAAGACCUAUAAAAUGGGAAACUGUUGCCACAUUCUCUUCUCCUUCUUCCAAAAGUUUUUCCUUUGAGGUCAAGGGUGGUCAAACUAUGGAACUAGCAAUUGCUCAAUUUUGGGCAAGUGGUGUAGGAAGUCGUGAUACAACUAUUGCUGAUUUUGAGGUUGCCUUUCAUGGCAUCUGCAUCAACAAAGACGAAGUUGUACUUGAUGGAAGUGAAGCACCUGUACGUAUUGAUGCCGAGGCUUUUCUUUCAUUAGAGAAUCUCGCCCCAGCAGCAGUGCUUAAUAAAGUUAGAAUCCCAUACCGUCCUGUUGAUGCUAAACUGAGCACGCUUACUGCUGAGCGAGACAAACUACCCUCAGGAAAACAGAUAUUGGCACUGUUAUUGACUUACAAGUUCAAACUUGAAGAAGGUGCUGAAAUAAGGCCUCACAUCCCCUUACUCAAUAAUCGGAUAUAUGACAAUAAAUUUGAAUCUCAGUUCUAUAUGAUAUCAGAUACAAACAAACGUGUAUAUGCAAUGGGUGAUGUUUAUCCAGAUGCUGCUAAACUUCCCAAGGGCGAAUAUACACUGCAGCUUUACUUAAGGCACGACAAUGUGCAGUACUUGGACAAGAUGAAACAGUUGGUGCUGUUUAUUGAGAAAAACUUGGAGGAGAAGGAUGCCAUUCGGUUGAGCUUUUAUUCACAACCUGAUGGCCCAGUAACGGGUAACAGCAACUUCAGUUCUUCAGUUUUGAUGCCUGGAGCAAAGGAAGCAUUUUAUGUGGCUCCUCCUGCAAAAGACAAGUUCCCCAAGGGCACUUCAGCAGGGUCUGUGUUGGUUGGAGCAAUCGCAUAUGGAAAGGUUUCUUUUGGGGUUAAUAAUGAUGCUACAAAUCCUGAAAAGAACCCUGUACGUUACACCAUAUCAUGUAUAGUUCCACCAGCGCAGCUUGACGAGGAUAAAGGUAAAGCAUCUUCUUCAAGUUGCACUAAGACUGUGUCUGAGCAGUUGGAGAUAGAGGUUCGAGAUGCUAAAAUAAGGGUUAUGUCCAGCAUGAAACAAAGUACUGAGGAAGAACGUUCCGAUUGGAAAAAGUUAUCUAUGUCGCUCAAGUCAGAAUAUCCAAAAUACACACCACUACUUGCUAAAAUUUUGGAGAUCUUGACAUCGUGGAAUAAUGUCGAAGACAAAGUUCGCCAUUAUGAAGAAAUUAUUAGAGCGGCAGAUGAGGUUAUUGAAAGCGUUGAUACGGAUGAGUUGUUGAAAUAUUUGUCGCAAAGUGAUCCUGAAGAUGAGGAUGCAGAGAAAAAAAAGAAAAUGGAGCAAACCCGCGACCAGUUGGCUGAUGCUUUAUAUCAGAAAGGAUUGGCUUUAGCAGAGAUUGAAUCAUUGAAGGGUGUGAGUGCUGUCGAUAAGGAGGAAGUUAAAGAUGCAUCAGAUUCUACUGGCCACCCAGAUUUAUUCGAGCAGAACUUUAAGGAACUCAAAAAAUGGGCUGACGUGAAAUCAUCACGAUAUGGGACUCUCUUUGUAACACAUGAGAAACGUAAAGGGCGUCUUGGAAAUGCACUAAAGGUGCUAAAUGACAUGAUCCAAGAGGAUAGCCAACCUCCCAAGAAGAAAUUUUACGAUCUGAAGCUUUCUUUGCUGGAGCAAAUUGGAUGGAGCCACCUGGUGUCGUACGAGAAACAAUGGAUGAAUGUUCGUUUUCCGGCAAGUCUUCCUCUUUUCUGA